UUUGCGUCACUUCCGGUUUGCGUGACACGACGCUUCGCUGCGGAGUGCGGGAGGCGUCGCGGGAAGAAUAGUUUUUAGUGUUUAUUUUUGCCCCUCGCUGAUUGAAGAGAAAUGGACCGUAACGGGGAGCCGCACAAGCGGUUCAUCUGUUCGUUCCCGGACUGCGCGGCGCGGUACAACAAGCAGUGGAAGCUCGACGCGCACAUGUGCAAACACACGGGGGUGAAACCCUUCGCGUGCGCCCGGGACGGCUGCGGGAAGUCGUUCUGCACCAAGUACCACCUGGAGCGGCACGAGGUGUCCCACAGCGGCGCCAAGUCCUUCCGGUGCACCGUCGACGGCUGCGCGGACUCCUUCACCACCAACUCCAACAUGCGGAGGCACGUCGCCCGCGCCCACGGCCAGGGGCAGCGGACGUACGCCUGCGACGUGCGGGGCUGCGGACUCGCCUUCCGCAAGAACAAGCAGCUCAGGUCCCACGUGUGCGAGCGGCACAGCGCGCUGCCGCCCUACCAGUGCGCCCACGCGGGCUGCGGCAUGAGAUUCGCCUUCCCCAGCAGACUGCGACGGCACGAGAAGGUGCACAUGGGCUACCCGUGCAAGGAGGAGGGCUGCGCGUUCACGGGGAAGACCUGGACGGAGUUGCAGAGGCACCGGAAGGAGAGUCACCGGCCCGUGUUCGAGUGCGAGCGCUGCGCCAAGGUCCUCCGCGACUCGUGGUCGCUGCAGAAGCACCGGCGAGUGCACUCGGACGUGCGGGUGGUGCUGAACUGCCCGCGGGAUGGGUGCGGGCGGUCCUUCACGACGGUCUUCAACCUGCAGAGCCACAUCAGCUCCUUCCACGACGAGCUGCGGCCCUUCGCGUGCGCGCGCGAGGGCUGCGGCAAGACCUUCGCCAUGAAGCAGAGCCUCCUGCGCCACGCCGUCGUGCACGACCCAGACCGGAAGAAGAUGAGAGAGCCUCGGCCCCGGCGGUCUCUAGCCUCCAGGCUGAGCGGCUAUAAACCCAAGAAGAAAGCCACCGGCCACACGGAGUCUCCGGAAACCGCGGAGCCUCGGUCAAAUGUAAGCGCCGUCCCCCAGUCUCUGGGGAACUCGGGAUGAGCCCGGCCUGGAUCAGCUCAGCGGGAAUCCCGCCUGCAGGACACAUCCUUAGUGGGUGACCCGGCUGUGGCAGCCAAUCCGCCCUCGGCCCGGUUCCGUGCACCGUGCAGCACUACUGUACAUCUCCCCGACUUCCCUUAGAAUGAUCAGAGGACGUUGAUUCAGUUCAUGUGGACACACGCCACGCUUAUUGGCAGAUACCUCUCAUAUAAGUGGCCUCUUGAGUCUAAACUGACUGCAGGUACCCCCCACCACCCCACCCUCAUAAACAAUACAAGUUGCAUAACGACCCAAACCAACACCAAAAACAACAGUUCUGAUCAUAUUGCUGACACGUGGUUAUUUUCCUGAGUCCAGUAUUCUCAGCAAGGGCUGAGUCUCGCCGUGUCCUCGUGUGCGUGGCAGGCGUCACCCGGCCAGAGCUUUGGGGUCUGUGGUUCGACCAUCCAUUUUCAAGCACACUUCCUGUGUCCUAUGUCUUAGAAGAGAUGCAUUCCGUGUUUGUAAACCCUUGCGCUGCUGAAAAAGUGAAAACAUUUCAUUAUUUUUUUGUAAACCUGUUUAAUAACAACCUCUUCAUACA